UCACCUGAAAUGCUAGCGGUGGGCAGUCGGGGCCUUGCUCAGGGCUGGCCUUGGCUGCUGCUCUCCUGGACCCCAUGCUGAGAGGGCGAAAGGGAUGGAGGGCUGUGUGAGCACCCACAAGCCACCGUGCCGGUGUGAGGCGCUCCAGCAGAUGUGGCUUCCAUCAAGGUGAGCGGCAGGUGUGUUUCUGCCUGAAAACACGUGGAAGAAGCUCGGUGAGUUUCCCAAUCUGCCUUCAGGAUGCUGUGUGCUGCAGGAGUUGAUCAAGUAAGGCUGGCCUCUCUGCAGCCAGAGGCCUGAGCUCUGCCAUGGGGGUAGGGGUGUCAUUACUCCUGCAGUUUUCUCUGACAUCUGGGGGCUACCAGAGCGUGGGCCGAAGCAGGCGCUACCGCAGAAGUAUCCCCAGGAGCAUCCCCAGCAGAAGCUGGAAAAAGCCUCAUCUCCAGCUCCACGGCCUUCAGGAGGAAGGACCAAUGCUGGAACGACGCUGCAGGGGCCCCCUGGCUGUGGGCCCGGCCCAGCCCCAGCUCCAUUCUGGGCCCUCCCAGGAGCCGCCCCAGACCCUAGAGAAGGAACCCCAUGGGCUGAGGUUACAAGGCACCUCCGUGGCCCAGUUGGGCAGCCAAGUGCCAGGUCGGGUUCAUCGCUGUGCCCACUGUCGAAGGCACUUUCCUGGCUGGGUGGCUCUGUGGCUUCAUGCCCGACACUGCCAGGCCCGCCUGCCCCUGGCCUGCCCGGAAUGUGGCCGACGCUUCCGGCAUGCCCCCUUCUUGGCACUGCACUGCCAGGUCCAUGCCGCUGCCACCCCAGACCUGGGCUUUGCUUGCCACCUCUGCGGGCAGAGCUUCCGAGGCUGGGUGGCCCUGGUUCUGCAUCUGCGGGCCCACUCAGCUGCCAAGCGGCCCAUCGCCUGCCCGGAAUGUGAGAGACGCUUCUGGCGACAAAAGCAGCUUCGAGUGCAUGUGCAGAGGUGCCACCCCCCUGCCCCCGAGGCCCGGCCCUUCAUAUGCGGCAACUGCGGCCGGAGUUUUGCCCAGUGGGACCAGCUGGUUGCUCACAAGCGGGUGCAUGUAGCGGAGGCCCUGGAGGAGGCAGCGGCCAAGGCGCUCGGGCCCCGGCCCAGGGGCCGCCCGGCAGUGACCGCCCCCCGGCCCGGUGGAGACGCCGUUGACCGGCCCUUCCAGUGUGCCUGCUGUGGCAAGCGCUUCCGGCACAAACCCAACCUGAUCGCCCACCGCCGCGUGCACACGGGCGAGCGGCCCCACCAGUGCCCCGAGUGCGGGAAGCGCUUCACCAACAAGCCCUACCUGACCUCGCACCGGCGCAUCCACACGGGCGAGAAGCCCUACCCGUGCACCGAGUGCGGGCGCCGCUUCCGCCACAAACCCAACCUCCUGUCCCACAGCAAGAUCCACAAGCGAUCCGAAGGGUCCGCCCAGAGCGCCCCCGGCUCGCGGAGCCCGCAGCUUUCCGCCGGCCCUCCGGAGCCCUCGGCAGAGCCCACCCCAGAGGCGCCGCUGAGGCCCGCCCCGGAGCCCGCCCCGGCGCCCCUGCGGGAGGCCCCCCGCGACCAGGCGGCAGCGCCCCCCUCGCUCCACAGCUGCGAGGACUGCGGCCGCAGCUUCCGGCUGGAGCGCUUCCUGCGCGCCCACCAGCGCCAGCACACCGCCGAGCGGCCCUUCGCCUGCACCGAGUGUGGGAAGAACUUCGGCAAGAAGACCCACCUGGUGGCCCACUCGCGGGUCCACUCGGGGGAGCGGCCCUUCGCCUGCGAGGAGUGCGGGCGCCGCUUCUCCCAGGGCAGCCACCUGGCAGCCCACCGGCGCGACCACGCGCCCGAGCGGCCCUUCGUCUGCCCGGACUGCGGCAAGGCCUUCCGCCACAAGCCCUACCUGGCCGCCCACCGGCGCAUCCACACCGGCGAGAAGCCCUACGUCUGCCCCGACUGCGGCAAGGCCUUCAGCCAGAAGUCCAACCUGGUGUCCCAUCGGCGCAUCCACACGGGCGAGCGCCCCUACGCCUGCCCCGACUGCGACAGGAGCUUCAGCCAGAAGUCCAAUCUCAUCACCCACCGCAAGAGCCACAUCCGGGACGGCGCCUUCUGCUGCGCCAUCUGUGGCCAGACCUUUGACGACGAGGAGAAGCUUCUGGCCCAUCAGAAGAAGCACGACGUCUGAGGGCAGAAGCGUCCUUCAUGCGGGAGCAGCGCAGUGGGGCUGGGGGCCUGUGCUGCUGCUGGUAGUGUAGCAAGGGCUGGAGAGGCAGGGAGUGCGCCCCCGUGACAGCGAGGUCGGCCUCUGCACCCAGGCAGAGCGCAGGGACCGGCCUCCAGCUGGUGUUUGCUAAGGUUCCGUCCUGCCUGUCCUGUGCCCUGGAAAUGUAGCAAUAGCACCUGUACCCACCCCUUAGUGUCUGUCCUCCGCUGGAGGGUCCACCGGUGGGCAGGAUGACCCUUCUCUGGUGUUAACGCCUUAAUGUCCCUGUCUUUUAUUAUGAGCUCCUUCAGCUAAUUUUUGGAAGUAGGCGUGGUACAGUCCCCUAGUAAAGAGUGCUCCGGAAGCAGAGCCGACCAGUUGGAUACACCUGGGAGAACCUGCUGGCCUUGUUAGGCAGCCCUGGAAGGUGAAGCCAAGCUGCUCUGACCUGUCCCAACCCUGUCCCUUCCGCCUGCCCCUGCACUGGCACUCAGACUUGGAGAGACCCAUCUACUGUUAGCCUUGGCUUCACCUUCCUCCCUGAAGGUCAGUCCGGGGGUGUCUCCCUACCCAUCUGACUUGCUUUAUCCACCACCCUCCCUGCACUUAGAGCAUCCCCUGGCUGUCAGCAGUCCUGUGUCCAGGCUUUUGUCUGAGCACCCCAACCCUCCUCCUCACCCCCCAGAACCUCACAUGUUGUGGAAAGGCCCGCCUCACUGUAACGGAGGGUCAGCUGAUGGGGAAGAUAGGGGUGAGUUUCCUUUUCAACAUUUCUAGUGUUCAGAUGCCCAGCCUUCGCUUGAACACUUAGAUGACAGGGAGUCCCCACCUCCUGAGGCCCUGGCUCUAUUGUAGGAUAAUUCUAAUUGUUAGAAGUUCUUCCUUAUAAUAAAUGAAAUCUGCUUUCUUAGAAUUUCUACCUACUGGGCCUUGUUCUGUUCUUCGGAACUAAACAGAACCACCACUUACCCUCCUUUUCAAA